UUCAAACGUGCAGCAGUAACCUCAAAUUAUAGUUACCAAGAAGUUCCUAAAGUAUCUUUCAGGAUUCUAGUCAGCUGCGGUUACUGGCUAUUGAUCUUAAUUAUACUGUGGGUGUGAGACCUUAUAAACCUGACCCUAGGGUAUCCAGCCAAGCCAGCUGGUCUCCGCGUCCCGGAGCUGUUGACCUGCGCUGAGGUCGGUUGUCGCCUCGGCAGACAAUGAAUGGGGAAGUUCCCUGGGGUGGGGUGGGGUGGGGUGGGCGAGUUUGCAGCUUGUAGGGAGAAACUGAAACUUAGCUGUUAAAACCGCUGCCUUGCUCUUCGGAACCGCGUCUCGAGAUCCGGCUGCGGCCUCGGCCCCGCGGACCCUGCACUAUGUACACCCGCAGCAAGGUGGUGGGCUCUGGGCUCCACGUCUCCCCUGCCUCCCGGCCGGCCCCGGACCCGCAAGGGCGGCGUGGGGGGCUGGGGCCGCUGCCCGGCCAGAGGCGGGAUUUGGAGGCCGCCCCCGAGGGCCCUUCGAGGGACAGCACGGAGCUUGCCGGCAGCGGGCACGCAAGUGCAUUUACCGUGAUAGCACCAAAUGAAAGUCGGAGGGAUCGUAUACAAAGAAUUGCUGCACAGGAGUUGGCUAACCUGGAGAAGUGGAAGGAACAGAAUCGAGCUAAACCAGUUCACCUGGUACCCAGAAGGCUAGGUGGAAGCCUACCAGAGGCUGAAGUUAGGCAGAAACAACAACUCCAACUGAUGCAAUCUAAAUACCAGCAAAAGCUAAAAAGAGAAGAAUCUAUAAGAAUCAAGAAGGAAGCUGAAGAAGCUGAACUCCAGAAAAUGAAGGCAAUUCAGAGAGAAAAGAGCAAUAAAUUGGAGGAAAAAAAAAGAUUUCAAGAAAAUCUCAGAAGAGAAACAUUUAGAGAGCAUCACCAAUACAAAACCACUGAGUUCUUGAGCAGACUGAACACAGAGUUACCAAACAACAGUGCCUGUCCCACUGCUCUUCCUGGCUCGCGAUCCUCAACAUGGGCCAGAAGCCAGGCUUAUAAGGAUUCUCUAAAGGAGGAAGAAAACCAAAAAUUGCAAAAGAUGAAGGAGGAACAACGUUGGAAGAGUGAAUUACUGAAACUUAAGCAGCAGCAGCAAGAGGAAGAACGUGCCCACAUCCACCAGAUGGAACAGAGGAGGGUAAAUAAUGCUUUCCUGGACCGACUCCAACGCAGAAGUCAGCCAGGUUGCCUCCAGCAGUCUGGAGGCUAUUGGAAUAUGAAUAGUGACAACAGCUGGGGUUUAUGAGAAAUAUUUGCUUCUGUUUGUGCUUCGCGAAUUGGCCUUGAAAAACCUCAUGAGAUGCUUUUCUUAAAAGCGAUUUUGUUCAGCCUGUUUUUACCUCGCCUUCAAUUGCCCCCCAACUCAUCUAAGCAAUGGGGAUGACUAGUUUCUCUAGCUGAUUACUGAACUCAUUUAAUCUCCACAGUAGCCAUUGAAACGUUAAUUAUUUUUUCCAAUUGGUUUUGCCUCUUAUUAGAAGUAUAACUGGAGCAAUAUUAGUAAGAUUUUAAAAAGAGGGAAUUCUUCGAUUCUUUCAGGUUAGUGAGAGCUGUGGGUGCUACAGGCUCAUCUCUCUAAGUGACUAAUUCAUAUCUACUUCUCAGAUCAGGUUUGGGGAAGCUCUGGGGCCUUAUUUAGAUUUUUAAAUCCAGGCUACAAAUAUGGACAAAAGAAAAAAAUUGUAUGCUCUUUUAAACAAAUGUAUGAAUAAAUUUUGUACUGCUUUUAUA